UACAUAGUUUAUAUGUGUGAUAAAAAUCAAGAAGCUCUUUUACUCCACUUUAAAAAGACUUUAUUUUAUGUGUAUGGUUGUUUUUUUGACUGCAUGUGUAUCUGCACCAAGUGUGUGCAGUACCCACAGAGGCGGUAAAUACUCUGGACUCGAGUUAGACUUAGCUGCCUGUGCGUGCUGGGAAUCAAACCCAGGUCCUCUGUGCUCCUAACUACUUAGCCAUCUAUCCGGCCCCAUGGAAAUGUGGUGGGUUGGGUGAGGUGUGGUGGUGUAUAUGUUUAAUCCCAGCACUAGGGAAGCAGAGGCAGGUAGAUCAGGCCAGCUUGGUCUACAAAGUGAGUUCCAGGACAUCCAGGGCCACAUAGUGAAACAAACCACAACAAAAAACAGUAAAAAUAUGGUUUGAAAGUUGUUUGGAAAGGCGUGAAACCUAGUGAAGACUCAUUUCCAAAAAACAGAGGUACUGGAGAGAUUAGCUUAGCAGUUAAGAGGGGGUGGUGUUCUUGCAGAGGACCCUAGUUCAUUUCCAAGCACCUACAUGGUGGCUCACAACCACCUGUAACUUCAGUUUCAGGGAAAUCAGAUUCCUAUGGCCUUCAUGGCAUCUAUACUUCAUAUUCACAUAUAUGCAAAUAAAAAUAAUUCCUUAAAAAAGAAAAAAGAAGGUCUCCGGCGAGAUGGCUUCAAGGUUACUUUGCGGAGUGGGCACUCUGGCGGCUCAGGCCCUGAGGGCCCGCGGGCCCCAUGGCACGGUUGCGACGCACUCCACGGCUUCUAGAGGUGGUGUCCCUACUGAUGAGGAGCAGGCUACAGGGCUGGAGAGGGAGAUCAUGAUAGCCUCACAGAAGGGACUGGAUCCAUACAAUAUGCUACCUCCAAAGGCAGCUUCGGGCACCAAGGAAGAUCCUAAUUUAGUCCCGUCCAUCACCAACAAGCGGAUAGUGGGCUGCAUCUGUGAAGAGGACAACUGUACCGUCAUCUGGUUUUGGCUGCACAAAGGCGAGACUCAGCGGUGCCCAAGCAGUGGAACCCAUUAUCAGCUGGUGCCCCACCAACUGGCCCUCUGAGCCCUGAGUUAACUU